AGUGGGUGAUGAGACAGGCGGCUGCGUUCUGGACCAGUUGGAGUUUUUUAAUGGAGCUGGGGCUGAUGCCAAGGAGAAGAGAGUUACAAUAAUCUAAAUGUGAGGAGAUGAAGGCGUGAAUGAGUCGUUCUGCGGCGGGGGGUGUGAGUGAGGGUCUGAUCUUGCCGAUGUUACGGAGGUGAAAGAAGGAGGUUUUGACUAUGUGGCGAAUAUGGGGUUCGAGGGAGAGGGUGGAGUCGAAGAUAAAGCCACGGUUGCGGGCCUGGGGAGAUGGGGAGACAGUGGUGCCAUCGAUGGUGAGUGUGGAUUUGGAACCGAUGAGGAGGAAUUCUGUUUCUUCGCUGUUUAGUUUCAGGAAGUUGUGUUGCAUCCAGGUCUUAAUUGCUGACAGGCAGGAGUCGACAUGGGAGAGGGGGGGGUUGUGGGGUGAUUGGGUGCUGAGGUAGAUCUGGGUGUCAUCGGCAUAGCAGUGGAAGUCCAAAUGAGCUUCAAUCAGCUGAUUGGAUGAACUGUUGCCACGCCAACCUCAUCAGCCGUCGUUAAACAACAGUCACUUCUUUCCGUUGUCACAUGGACGGGCUGAAAACACUUCAGCUCAGGGCCUCCAUAGAGAGACGGCAUGUCUGACCCACCUUUAUUCUGAAACAGACAGGAUGUAGAAACUUCCUGUUUCCACAGAAUAUAAAAUCAUUAGAGAAGAGUUUGUAAAGUAAAAGGCAAAAACAGGAAGUCGCUGAAAAGUAAAAUCAAAUGAUUCUGAGAUUCAGUGUAAGUGGGAAGCUUUCAUCGCAGUCAGCUUUUAUUCUGAAGGUCAUCUCCAAAUGGUGGUUAAACAUUUUAAUCUCUUAUUUUGAAGGUAGAACUUCUGUUUAAUACACGACUUUUACUCUGAAAGCCUUCACAAGAACAACCAGAUCAAAUUGUGCCCUGAUGAAUCUGGUUUUCAGAGCUUCGUUUUAUUUUGAAUGUCCCGACAGGAAGUUAAACUGAUUAGUGACUUCACUUCCUGUCAGUACCCCGUCUCUCUCUCUGCCUGUCUGUCUUUCUCUGCCUGUCCCUCUGUCUCAGGUGAUGGACUCUCAGAAGGAAGCUCUUCGCAGGAUCAUCAGCACAUUAGCCAAUAAAAAUAAAGAGCUCCAAGACUUCCUGGAAACAGUUGACCACACACUGACAGGAUUGCAGGAGGAGUCAUGCAAGGUGAUGUCAGACCUGGAGAUGGAGCUUGAUCAACUUAGCUCCGCCCUCAACGACAAGGGGGAGGAGCUCCGCAACAUCAUUACAGAGGAGAGGUGCAGGAAGGAGGCGGAGCUUCAGAAGCAGCGGUUGGAUGGACAUGUCGCUCUGCGGUCAUGUGACGAGCUGCUCGACUUUGCUCAUCAGACGCUGAUCAUCGACAAGGAGGAAGAAUUUCUGAAGGCUGCAAAACAAAUCAAGGAAAGAGUAACGAUGGCUCCGGCCUUUCGGCUGACGACUCGUCCGGCGGCGUCUGAGAACAUGGGACAGUUCACCGUUGACUUCGGUGCAGAGAGGGCGGGGCUUCAGCGACUUCACUUCCUGCCAGUACCGAGACCUCCAGAGAUCGACCUCUCCAGCUGCGUCGUCAGUGACAACAACAUCACUGUCGUCUGGCGACUGGUCGGUGAGGGUGACAGCGACAGCGUCUGCGGACCAAUCAAAUGCUACGAACUUGAAUACAGAAAAACAGACCACGACAGUUCACUGCGAGCUGCAGGAGAGGCAUGCUGGGAAAAAAUCUGUGACAUCACAGAGAGUCAGGUCACCAUCUCAAGUCUGAAGUUUGACUCUCGCUUUAUCAUCAUUCGAGUCCGAGCAAAAAACAAAAUGGCUGCUGGAGAGUUCUCUGACCCUGUCACCAUGGAAACCAGAGCGUAUAAUUUUGGUUUUGAUGCGUCAACGUCUCACGUUGAGCUGAAGGUUCAAGGUGACACUGUGACCUGGGACCCUCAAGGGGUUAAAGGUCAUGACCCCCGACUUAGAGGCAAAGAGAGUAAAAGCAGCAGCAGAAGUGCCACGCCGUCGCCAAAUAAGAUGACAGGAAGUCGAGCUGGACGCGACAGAUUCGCUGGAGAGUCGUACACAGUGCUGGGUGACCAGGAGAUGAUUAUGGGCUGUCAUUACUGGGAGCUCCGCCCCCUACCUGACUGGAAGUCCCUCAGCGUGGGUGUGGCCUAUCAGGCCAGCCUGGGUCGCUUUGACCAAUUAGGGAAGAGCGCAAGUUCCUGGUGUCUUCACGCCAGCCAAUGGCUGCAAAGUUCACUUGCAGCCAAACACAACAACCGAGCGAAGGCGCUGGAUUGGCCACUGCCUCAACGAAUCGGAAUCUAUUGUGACUAUGACAAUGGUGAUUUAUCAUUUAUUGACGUUGAUCGUCUUCAUGUUCUUCACUCCUUCAAAACAAAGUUCAGCCAACCACUCGUUCCUGCCUUCACUGUUUGGUGCGGUGGUAUCACCAUAACGACGGGUCUGCAGUUGCCGAGCUUCAUGGGAAAUUUCCUUUCCACCAAUCAGAGUGACCUGUCGCAGUAAAAAUCUAUAAUUAUUUAUUUUUUUCUAUUUAUUUUUUUCAUUCUGUCAGUAAUUUAAUCUCUAUUAGCUAUUUUAUUAUAUUUAGAAACUAAUAACAAAACUUUUUUUCAUUAUAAAACAGUAAUUUAAAAUAUAAAAUAAUUUUAUGGCCUAUAAUUAUUUCAAAAAAUAUUUUAAAUUAUUCCUAAAGCCAUAGUUUUAUAGUUUAUGGGUUUUAGUCUGAGGAAAUACUCAUGUGUUGACUAGGGCUUUUAUUUUGACAGAAUUUGUUGUUUUGUCGUUUGUUUGAAAGACAGACUUUUAUUUUUAACUUUUACUUUGCAACUCUAAUCCUCUGUUAUACCAAGUCAUUUAUUGUGAAAGUUUACGAUUUGUAUCAAAGGCUUUUAUUCUGAAAGACUGUAAGCAAUAGUGUUGUUCAUUCCUACUUGGUUGUAUUUUAAAGGCGAAGACAAGACAUCCUUUCUCUUUGGUUACAUUUUAUUUUGAAGGUCUAUUUAACAAAUACCGGAUGUUUAUUUUAUUCAUAGUGUUUGUAAAUGUCACGUAAACAAAAAUAUUUUUGAUAAACAGAGAAAUAAAGAAUAAAUAUUU